CAUGAGAUGUUCAAAGGACUUUGUCUUUCUCCACUUACUACUGCCUUCUCAGCUUUUUCCCUCUACCUAGCAGAGCAGAGAAACUGAGCAACCAAAAGCAAUAAAGAAAAACACCAAACACCCAUCUCCAACAAAAAGCAAAAGCGAAAAAGGAGUCCAAAAAGCACCCUCUCUCUUUGCCGUUAAGUAAUUAAAAUGAAGAAGAAGAAGAAGAUCCCACAUAUAUACUCGGUAUCCACAGUCUCUGGUUCAACCCUUUUGAGCAUCCGAAAGCAAUGUCUUCUUCAGAGAUUGUUGUUGCAGAUCCUGUCAUCGAACCAAACAACACCACAGGUGCCAUUACGACGUCGUCUGCCAGCUUUAGUCAUGAUGAUGAAACUCCUGAGCCUUUUGACAGUGAGAGGUUGCCUCCCACUUUGGCUAGAGAAAUUCAGAGGUUUCUUCGUGUUGCCAAUUUGAUCCAAACUGUCGAACCUCGAAUUGCUUAUCUCUGCCGGUUUCAAGCUUUUGAAAUAGCACAUAACAUGGACCGCAAUUCCAGCGGACGGGGUGUUCGCCAAUUUAAAACUUCUCUUCUUCGGCGACUUGAACAUGAUGAAGGAAUAACCUUUAGGAAACGAAAAGAGAGGAGUGAUAUACGCGAGCUUAGACGUGUUUAUCAGGCAUACAAGGACUACAUUAUUAAAAAUGGCGGGGGCUUUGAUUUGGAUGAAAGUCACAGGGAGAGGUUGAUAAAUGCUCGGAGAAUUGCUUCUGUGUUGUUUGAAGUAUUAAAAACAGUAACAGAUGCAGCUGGUCAUCAGGCUCUUGCUGAAAGGGACAGUAACCGUGCAAAAUCCGUGCUCUAUGUACCUUAUAACAUUCUUCCUUUAGAUCAUGGAGGUCUCCAGCAUGCCAUUACACAACUCCCUGAGAUUAAAGCUGCAAUUGGAGCUGUUAGAAAUGUGCGUGGUUUACCUUCAUCUGAAGAUUUCAAUAAAUGUGGUCCUUUCAUUGAUUUAUUUGACUUUCUUCAGUGUUGCUUUGGGUUUCAGGAAGGAAAUGUGGCCAACCAGAGAGAGCAUUUAAUUUUACUCCUCGCUAACACUCACAUUAGGCAAUGUCAUAAGCAGACAUCCAUCUCCAAGCAGUUAGGAGAUGGAGCUGUGGAUGAACUGAUGAAGAAGUUCUUCAAAAAUUAUACUUAUUGGUGCAAAUUUUUGGGGAGAACAAAUAAUAUCCGGUUGCCUUAUGUGAAGCAGGAAGCGCAACAGUAUAAAAUUCUAUAUAUAGGGCUUUACCUUCUUAUAUGGGGGGAAGCUGCUAACUUGCGAUUUAUGCCAGAGUGUAUAUGUUAUAUUUUUCACCAUAUGGCAUAUGAAUUGCAUGGCAUGUUAACUGGUGCUGUUAGCUUGACUACUGGGGAGAAGGUUAUGCCAGCAUAUGGAGGAGGAUUCGAGUCUUUCCUUAAGAACAUAGUUACCCCAAUUUACAGAGUUAUAUACAAGGAAGCUGAGAAAAACAAAAGUGGGACGGCUGAUCAUUCUACUUGGAGAAACUAUGAUGACUUGAACGAGUAUUUUUGGUCUUCUGAUUGUUUCCAAAUAGGUUGGCCCAUGCGUUCGGAUCAUGACUUCUUUUGUGUACAAUCUUUAGAUAAACACAAAGCUAAAAAAACUAUGGAUGACAAGAAGAAGAGGGAAGUAAAAGAAGAUGAAGAAUUAGGAGCAAACAAAGAUGAAGAGAUAGGGGUUCACGCUGAGGAUAAUUGUGAACUAAAAUGGUUAGGGAAGACAAAUUUUGUAGAGAUUCGCUCAUUUUGGCAAAUUUUUAGAAGCUUUGAUAGGAUGUGGAGCUUUUUUAUCCUAUCUCUUCAGGCAAUGAUUAUUAUGGCUUGCCAUGAUUUGGAAUCUCCACUAGAAAUUCUGGACACAACAAUAUUUGAAGACAUAAUGAGCAUCUUCAUUACAUCUGCAAUUCUUAAACUCAUGCAAGCAAUUCUUGACAUUCUGUUCACAUGGAGAGCUAGACUCAAAAUGGAUAUUUGUAGGAAAAGGAAACAAGUGUUGAAGUUGGUUGUUGCAAUCAUAUGGACUAUUGUUCUUCCUGUAUGUUAUGCUAAAUCAAAAAGGAAAAAUACUUGUUAUUCUACACAAUAUGGAAGUUGGCUUGGUCAAUUGUGUUUCUCUUCCUACAUGGUUGCAGUUGCAAUUUACUUGAUGACUAAUGCAGUUGAGAUGGUCUUAUUUUUCUUCCCUGUGAUCAACAAGUAUAUUGAGAUUUCAGAUAUUCACAUAUUUAAAAUUUUAUCUUGGUGGACACAGCCAAAAUUAUAUGUUGGACGUGGGAUGCAAGAAACCCAGGUUUCUGUUUUCAAAUACACAUUGUUUUGGAUAUUGGUACUAUCAAGCAAAUUUUUGUUUAGUUACAGUUUUGAGAUCAAACCACUUAUUGAGCCAACAAGACUAAUGUUGAGAAUUGGUUUGCAAAAUUAUGAUUGGCAUGAGCUUUUCCCCAAAGUCAAGAGUAAUGCUGGGGCUAUUGUGGCUAUUUGGGCUCCAAUUAUUGUUGUGUAUUUCAUGGAUACACAAAUCUGGUAUUCUGUUUUCUGUACAAUCUAUGGUGGAGUUUAUGGGAUUAUAAAUCAUCUUGGAGAGAUUCGGACAUUGGGAAUGCUUAGAAGUAGAUUUCAUACCUUGCCGUCUGCAUUCAACAUCUGUCUUGUCCCGCCCUCAGCAAAAAAUGAUCAGAGAAUAAGAAGAAAUUUCUUUCACAAGAGAUUUCAUAAGAUGUCUGAAACUACAACACAUGAUGUGGCUAAGUUUGUUCUUGUAUGGAACCAAAUAAUCAAUUCUUUCCGGUUAGAAGACUUGAUAAGCAACAGGGAGUUGGACUUGAUGACAAUGCCUAUAUCUUCAGAGUUAUUUUCUGGCAUGGUUCGCUGGCCAAUUUUUCUCCUGGCAAAUAAGUUUUCAACAGCAAUAAGCAUUGCACGAGAUUUCACUGGAAAGGAUGAGAUUCUUCUCAGGAAAAUAAAAAAGGACAAGUACAUGUACAGUGCUGUGAAGGAGUGCUAUGAGUCACUCAAGUAUGUCCUCGAAAUUCUCAUUGUGGGCAAUCUUGAGAAACGGGUCGUAUCCAUCUUAAUAAAUGAAGUUGAAGAAAGCAUUGGAAGAUCAAGCCUUCUUGAGGACUUCAAAAUGAGUGAGCUUCCAGCUCUACAAGUGAAAUGCACUGAAUUAGUUGAACUUCUGGUUGAGGGAGAUGAAAACCAUCAUAGUAAUGUGGUGAGAGUUCUCCAAGAUAUGUUUGAGCUUGUGACGAAUGAGAUGAUGACAAAUGGUUCUAGAACAUUGGAUUUGCUCCAUUCUCCCCAUCAAGUGGAAGAGACUUUUCCUUACUUUUCCAGAGCAAUUGAACCACAGUUAUUCGAAUCAACUGGUGAUAGCGCUAUUCAUUUUCCUUUGCCAAAUACUGAACCUCUCAAUGAGCAGAUUCAGCGUCUCCAUUUGUUACUUACUGUGAAAGAUAAAGCCCUGGAUGUACCUGCAAACUUAGAAGCUCGGAGACGUAUUUCAUUCUUUGCGACUUCACUUUUUACUGAUAUGCCCAUUGCUCCCAAAGUCCGCAACAUGCUGUCUUUCAGUGUAAUGACUCCUCACUUCAUGGAAGAUAUAAAUUUUUCUAUGAAAGAACUUGAUUCAAGCAAAGAAGAGGUUUCCAUCUUAUUUUAUAUGCAGAAAAUAUAUCCAGAUGAGUGGAAAAAUUUUUUGGAGCGCUUGGAUUAUGAUAGUUCAGAGCUAUUUAAAGAUGAGAGCAAGAAGGAAGAGCUGAGAAAUUGGGCUUCUUUCCGGGGUCAGACAUUAAGCAGAACAGUUAGAGGAAUGAUGUACUAUAGGGAAGCCUUAAGAGUUCAAGCAUUUCUUGACAUGGCUGAUGAUGAAGAUAUUCUUGAAGGUUAUGCUGCAGCUGAAAGAAAUAACCGUACAUUAUUUGCUCAAUUAGAUGCGCUAGCAGACUUGAAAUUCACUUAUGUCAUUUCUUGUCAAAUAUAUGGAUCACAGAAGUCAUCUGGAGAUCCCCAUGCUAAUGACAUUCUUGAAGUAAUGAAAAGAUACCCAUCUGUCCGUGUUGCUUAUGUCGAGGAGAAAGAAGAGAUUGUAAAUGACAAACCUCGAAAGGCUUAUUCUUCUAUACUGGUUAAAGCUGUCAAUGGUCUUGACCAGGAAAUUUAUAGGAUAAAGCUACCUGGCCCACCAAAUAUUGGAGAGGGGAAACCUGAAAAUCAAAAUCAUGCCAUCAUUUUCACACGCGGUGAAGCUCUUCAGACUAUUGAUAUGAACCAAGACAAUUAUUUGGAAGAAGCUUUCAAAAUGAGAAAUCUUUUACAAGAAUUUUUCUUGCAACGAGGACGACGGCCUCCUACAAUACUUGGCUUGAGGGAACAUAUAUUCACUGGAAGUGUUUCUUCUCUAGCAUGGUUCAUGUCAUAUCAAGAAACAAGCUUUGUCACCAUCGGUCAAAGGCUUCUUGCCAACCCCCUCAGGGUAAGAUUCCAUUAUGGACAUCCUGAUGUAUUUGAUAGGUUAUUUCACAUCACAAGAGGUGGCAUAAGCAAAGCAUCAAAAACAAUAAACUUGAGUGAGGAUGUAUUUGCUGGGUUUAAUUCUACGUUACGUCGGGGAUGCGUCACUUACCAUGAGUACCUGCAAGUUGGAAAGGGGCGUGAUGUGGGCCUAAAUCAGAUCUCAAAGUUUGAAGCCAAAGUAGCUAAUGGUAACAGUGAGCAAACUCUUAGCCGUGACAUAUACCGACUUGGACGCUGGUUUGAUUUUUUCCGGAUGCUGUCCUGUUACUUUACAACCAUUGGAUUUUACUUCAGUAAUCUGAUUGCAGUAAUUGGAGUUUAUGUAUUCCUCUACGGGCAGCUUUACCUUGUCUUGAGUGGGCUUCAGAAAGCACUGGUCGUUGAGGCUAGAAUACAUAACAUACAGUCAUUGGAAACAGCUCUCGCCUCUCAAUCAUUUAUCCAGCUUGGGCUUCUAACUGGCUUACCUAUGGUGAUGGAGAUUGGACUUGAGAAAGGAUUUCUCACAGCAUUCAAAGAUUUUAUUCUCAUGCAAUUGCAGCUAGCAGCUGUUUUCUUCACUUUCUCACUUGGUACGAAAAUUCAUUAUUAUGGUAGGACAAUUUUGUAUGGUGGUGCCAAGUACAGACCCACUGGGCGUAAGGUUGUGGUAUUCCAUGCCAGCUUCACUGAGAAUUAUAGACUGUAUUCCCGAAGCCACUUCGUUAAAGGAUUUGAAUUAGUGCUACUUUUAAUUGUUUAUGAUUUAUUUAGGCGAUCCUACCAGAGCAGUGUGGCAUACGUGCUAAUUACAUACUCCAUUUGGUUCAUGUCAAUAACUUGGUUAUUUGCACCAUUUCUAUUUAAUCCAUCUGGAUUCAGUUGGGACAAAAUAGUGGAUGAUUGGAAAGACUGGAAUAAAUGGAUCCGGGAGCAAGGUGGUAUAGGAAUUCAACAGGACAAAAGUUGGCAGUCUUGGUGGAAUGAUGAACAAGCCCAUCUCCGCCGUCCAGGGCUGGGUGCUAGAUUUUUUGAGAUAGUCCUUUCUGCCCGUUUCUUCAUGUACCAGUAUGGUCUGGUGUAUCACCUUGACAUCUCUCAACACAGCAAAAAUUUUCUAGUUUAUUUGCUUUCUUGGGUGGUGAUUUUUGCAGUUUUUCUACUGUUCAAGGCUGUGAACAUGGGAAGGAACAAGUUCAGUGCUAACUACCAUCUAGGAUUUAGACUUUUUAAGGCAUUUCUCUUCAUUGCCGUUGUGUCCAUAAUAGUUACUCUUUCCCACAUCUGCAAGCUAUCGCUGAAGGACUUGAUUGUUUGCUGUCUAGCCUUUUUACCCACUGGAUGGGGCUUGAUAUUGAUUGCACAAGCUGUGAGACCCAAGAUCGAGAACACCGGAGUCUGGGAUUUUACCCAAGUCCUUGCCAAGGCAUAUGAUUAUGGAAUGGGUAUUGUUCUCUUUGCACCCAUAGCUAUUUUAGCAUGGCUCCCAAUCAUAUCAGCCUUCCAGACUCGUUUUCUUUUUAAUGAAGCCUUCAACAGGCAUUUGCAAAUUCAGCCAAUUCUUGCAGGGAAGAAGAAGAAGUGAUUUUCAUUGUGUAUUUAUUAUUUUUUGAAAAUUUUAUUAUUAUUAAUCAUAGAUAAAUAUUUAAUUAUGUUAUGAUACUAAUUAAUUAUAAUUAAUUAUUAAUAAGUUUGAUUUGAAAAAUUAAGAAUAGUUUGAAUAAAAAUAGUCACAACAACACCUUUAGAUUUUCA